AUGCUAUCGUCGUCCCAUAACCCUUCGUCUCCCACUCCGUCCAUCAAUCCAAGCAAGCCAGCACGGUCAGACAGGUGGAAACUUUUAUCAUACAAUCUUUCAAGUACUAUUCCUUACUCUCCCUUUUUCCAUAUCACGUCCAUUAUCGUCGCUUUCUUGGCCCUGGUAAUAAUCGCUCUAUGGGCUGCCGCCACCGCAGGGUUCGAACCUUAUACCGUAUUUGAUACGGAUUUCAACCGGACAGAUGACAGGCAUUGGUACACUCCGUUAUUACCUAGCAGUGUGACAGAGGGACAGAAAGGGAAACUGUGCGAUCCUGUAAUCUUUAAUGCAGGAUCUACCAUACAGACGAAUGGGAUGUACAAGAGGUUGUCAUAUACAAUAUCAGAAUACGACAUUCAUGCAGGCUUGAAAGACGAUGGAGCUCCCGCCUAUACGAGUGUUGCGUACAGGGGUAGUAGAUUGGAUAUCUGUGUGAUCUCUACUAUAUCGUUCAUCGUAGAUGUCCGAUCUGGUUUAGUCACUACAACGGCCCUCAUCACAUGCCCCGACCCAUGGCCUGCCACACUGAGUACGACGUACACCCUCACCCCUGGAGUUACAGAUACAGGCGCAUACGAGAGCGCUCCGUGGCUGGGUCAACUUGCGAUCGAUCUGGCAUAUAGAGUAGGAAAGCUGUUUGACGAUCCGACGUAUGCGAAGGAGAAUACACCUGGAAGUGUGAGGAAUGGAACAGGUAGAUGGUCAAGGAUGAGUGGUGAUUUGAACGGGUGGGGAUCAUCGUCACCGAAUUCUACCCUCCUGACCGAACCAGUCUUUCAAAUCCGAUCUUUGCUCUUAUCCAAUCCCGAGGACAUAGCAUCGGAAGACACUUCUUCGAUCAGCGGUGAAAGUCGUGGCAUCCCUCCAGUCAUUUAUUCCGAUAUGAUCGUCCCUUUAUCCAAUUUUAUAUCAGCCUUGAUAUCCACCAUCCACUCCGAUCUUGGUAUACUAGCUAAUAACGUAUUCCUCAACGAGACGGCACUCCAUCGACUCAUUCGAGAGACGGACGAAUACGUCAACACGUCGAUCUCAUUGAGAGACUAUGAUUUAUACUACGCGCAUAUGAUGUUACAUCCAAAUAGUGGGACCAUCAUCGACCCUUGGGUCACCAAUCGGACUUAUUCAGCAUUGACAGUGGCGGAUCGAGCGAUAGCUACAGCAUAUCCAUGUCAUAUUACCAGGUCGAAAGGUUUGGCGAGCUGGCUGGUCUCCGUCGUGGGUUUGACCUUCUCCAUUUGGGGCGGUUUAUGGCAAUUAUACAUGCUCAUUGUAUCUUACAUCCUGAGCAAGCGAGAGAAUUCGAAUUUUUCGAGCGCGAAUGUCAUCUCAACCUCACUCACAUCCAAACAAGUCGUAGCGAGCAAGGAGAGUAUUCCGUUAUUACCUUAG